GUCUUUUUUCUCUUUCACUCCCAUUGCUAGCUGAAAGGGCAUAAACAUUGAAGGACAACAAUGUCUAACAACAGUGAUGCUGCUCAAGAACAGUUGUCUGCUGAUCCGUCAACUAGCACUUUUGUGUCGUCAUUGGUGUUCAACGCCGUGAUUUCCGUAGUUCUCAUUGGCAGUUUUGGUAUUGCAAGAACCGUCAGUAAACGAAUCUAUGCUCCACGCACGUAUCUUGUACCAGAAAGUAAACGAUCGCCGCCUUUUCCAAAAGGCGUAUUUGGGUGGAUUCCAGCUUUAUUGAGAACCAAAGAUGAAGACAUGAAAAUCCGUAUGGGUCUUGAUCGAUACAUGUUUCUCCGACUGUUGAGAAUGGGCAUUGUGCUGUUCGCUAUCAUCACGUUCUUUUGCAUCCCAAUUCUUAUUCCACUCAAUUACAUCGACGGUUACGGUAACGCUGGUAUCAAUGUUUUGACCAUCGGCAACGUUCGAUACAGUGCUCGAACUUGGGCCCAUAUGUGGCUAGCUGUCGGUGUUAGUGCUCUUACAAUCUACGCCAUCUUCCGAGAAACUCGACGUUACAUCCAACUUCGUCAUGAGUAUCUUCUCGAUCCCGAGCAUGUUAACUCACCAGCAGCCCGCACCAUUCUCGUAUCCGGUAUCCCGCCUGAUUACAAUAAUGUGGAAGCCCUUCGAUCCCUUUUCGACAAGUAUCCUGGUGGAGUCAGACAAAUUUGGCUCAACAGAAAAGUGAACGGACUCCCUGACCAAGUCAACAAGCGUUUCAAAAUGGUGAAAGGGCUGGAAGGAGCACAUUUGAAUGCUACACGAAAGACCAUGAAGCAACAUCAGGCCAGCCCUAACCGUGGCUCUCAAGUUGGACCAGAAGGCGGCCAUGGCGCAAUCCCAGAUCAAUUCCGCCCCACCCACCGUGUCAACCCUCUUCCUGUUCCAAUCCCUAUGCCCUGCAUUGGCCAGAAAGUCGAUUCUAUCACAUACUAUGAAGACCAAAUCAUGCUGCUCAACAAGUCUAUCGAAAAAUCUCAAUCCGAUGUCGAUUCUUACAAACAGGUCAACUCAGCAUUCAUCGAAUUCAAUCAACAAAUCGCUGCUCAUAUGGCUUCACAAACCAUUGCUCAUCAUAAAAUUAUGAAGAUGACGCCUCGUUACAUCGAAAUCGCACCAGAGGAUAUCGAAUGGGCCAACAUGAACAUUGACCCUUGGGUUCGCAUUGGUCGCCAACUCAUUAGUUACUGUGCCAGUGGUGCCAUCAUCGUGUUUUGGGCUAUUCCAGUUGCUUUUGUUUCCAGUAUUUCCAGUUUGUCUUCUUUGGCUACGAUCCUGCCAUUCCUGUCUGGUGUGAACAACUUGCCCCCGGUUGCCGUUGGUGUCAUCCAGGGUAUUUUGCCCGCUAUUGCUUUGUCCAUCUUGAUGGCUCUGCUGCCUGUUGUCUUUGUUAUGCUCGCCAGAUUUGAAGGUAUCCCUCGAAGAACGUCCAUUGAAAUGAGUCUCUUGCAGAAAUACUUCGUGUUCCAAUUUUUCAACGUCGUACUCGUUACAACCAUCGCCAAUGCCGUUUUCCAAGCUUCAGAACUCAUCCAGAACCCUACCAGCAUCGUUAGCACGUUGGCUCAAAAGUUACCUCAAGCUGCAACUUUCUUCAUUACUUAUAUUAUGCUUCAAGCCACCAUCAGUGCUGCCUUGGAGUUGUUGCAAAUCGUGCCAUUGAUCCUUUCUUGGGUGUUUUCCUUCCUUGCUUCCACUCCCCGCUCUAUUUGGGCUCAAAAAGGAGGAUGCAGUACUACUAACCUUGGUACUUUGAUUCCAUCUCAUACUGUCGUUUUUGUACUUGGUCUACUUUACUCCACCAUCGCUCCACUGGUGCUUCCCUUCGUACUCCUCUUCUUCAUCACGCACUAUUUUGUUUAUUUGCAUCAGUUCUUGUAUGUAUAUGAUAGAGAGUUUGAAUCCGGCGGUCAAUACUUCCCUCGUUCCAUGCGUCACAUCUGGACAGGUUUGUUCUUGUUCCAGUUGACCAUGAUUGGUAUUCUAGCCAUUCAACCUGGUGGCGCUGUACCUCAGUUUGUCAUUAUGAUUAUUUGCCUGGUCGUUACUGCCUUCGCUAUGGGACUUUACGACAAAACCUUCAAGCCUAUGUUCAAGUACUUGCCUGUCAGUCUCGCUAACCCAGACGUACCUGUGAACCCUGCGGACAUUAACCCACAUUACGUCGAUGGUCAGCAAAUCAGUGCCAAACAACCACCCGUCAAUAUGUCCCACCAAACACCUGUUGGUGGCUCGGAACAAGUACGCAACUAUCCAGCCGUCAAUGCGAAUGACCUUGAGAAGGCCACGAAGGACACUAAUCUUGGCGACACUGCAGCCUUCCAGAACCGUGAAGCCGACAUCCCGGCCGAUCAGAACACUCAGACAGAAGCGACGACGUACUUGCAUCCAUCGCUCUACAGUCAGCAACCUACCGUGUGGCUGGCUGAAGACGAUAUGGGUAUCACUUUCUUUCUCAUUUACUACGAGCAUGCAAACGAAAGCCACAAAGGAAAAUCAUGUUCGCUAAAGAUAUUGCUUCUUUUUUUCCCUUGUUUCCAAGAGUCAACAUAAUUUAAUGUACACAGUGAUAAAUAACCGAUUGCUUGGUAUACUUUGACUCCAGAAUGAAAAGCAGAGGGCUUCAAUGGGUGGUGCCUUCUUUGAGAGCAGCAAUGACAACGUUGCGGGGCGAGGCAACUUUGUCGAACAGUGGCCACAUGCAAAUCUUUGCAUUCGGCAGGGUAUCCUUCAAAUAGAGCCAACGAUCAACAAGGAUAAUGGAUUCAAUGAUAGGGGAUAAGAGAAUUCGCAAGGUCCAGAGAAUGACCAUUUUG